AAAAGGAAUACCUCUUUCCGAUUGUUGUAGGUAGCAUAAACACACUAGGUUGCUCAUUUUCUUGUGAGGAAACCGACAACAACGCAGAAGAUUAUUGUGGUCGCCAUUUUCCACAAAGGAAAUGCCAACUAUGGCCCAAAUCACAGACACAACAGGUUUGGCUGAGCUGGCCCAUCAAGAGUAUCAGGCCGGGGAUUAUGACAACUCGGAGCAACACUGUAUGCAGCUGUGGAGACAGGAACCAGAGAACACGGGGGUCUUGCUCCUCCUCAGCUCCAUACACUUCCAGUGCAGGCGACUAGAAAGGUCAGCAUACUUUAGCCAGCUUGCCAUCAAACAAAACCCUAUGCUAGCAGAAGCGUACUCCAAUCUAGGAAAUGUAUUCAAGGAGCGAGGACAACUUCAGGAAGCACUUGAAAAUUACAGACACGCUGUCAGACUAAAGCCAGACUUUAUAGAUGGCUACAUCAACCUGGCAGCUGCCCUCGUAGCAGCGGGAGACAUGGAGCAAGCCGUACAGGCCUAUGUCACAGCUCUACAGUACAACCCAGAUCUCUACUGUGUGCGGAGUGACUUGGGAAAUCUUCUGAAGGCUCUGGGAAGACUGGACGAGGCAAAGACUUGUUAUUUAAAAGCUAUUGAGACACAGCCAAAUUUUGCUGUGGCAUGGAGUAACUUGGGAUGUGUUUUCAAUGCACAAGGAGAAAUUUGGUUAGCAAUCCAUCACUUUGAAAAGGCUGUUGCUCUAGAUCCCAACUUUCUGGAUGCGUACAUAAACCUAGGAAAUGUACUGAAAGAAGCUAGAAUAUUUGACAGAGCUGUAGCAGCUUACCUGAGGGCACUAAAUCUGAGUCCCAAUCAUGCCGUGGUACACGGAAACCUGGCUUGUGUGUAUUAUGAACAGGGAUUGAUUGACCUUGCCAUAGACACCUACAAACGUGCCAUAGAACUGCAGCCAAACUUCCCUGAUGCUUACUGUAAUCUGGCUAAUGCACUGAAAGAGAAGGGCAAGGUGGUGGAGGCUGAGGAGUGCUAUAACACAGCCCUAAAACUGAGCCCUACACAUGCUGAUUCCCUCAACAAUCUGGCCAACAUCAAGAGGGAGCAGGGCAAUACAGAAGAAGCUGUCAGACUCUACCUCAAGGCUUUAGAGGUAUAUCCAGAGUUUGCUGUAGCCCAUUCUAAUCUUGCCAGUGUGCUACAACAGCAGGGCAAACUCCAUGAAGCCCUCAUGCAUUACAAAGAGGCAAUCAGGAUUUCUCCCACAUUUGCUGAUGCAUACUCUAACAUGGGAAACACCUUAAAAGAGAUGCAGGACAUACAGGGGGCCCUUCAGUGUUACACGAGAGCCAUACAGAUUAACCCUGCCUUUGCUGAUGCCCACAGCAAUCUGGCAUCCAUUCACAAGGAUUCUGGUAACAUCCCAGAGGCCAUUGCAUCCUACAGAACAGCCCUAAAGUUGAAGCCUGAUUUUCCUGAUGCCUACUGUAAUUUGGCACAUUGUCUCCAGAUUGUGUGUGACUGGACUGACUAUAGCUCACGGAUGAAGCGACUUGUUCACAUUGUGAAGGAUCAGCUGGCUAAGAAUCGCCUGCCCUCGGUCCACCCUCAUCACAGCAUGCUCUACCCAUUGUCUCACAAAAUGAGGAAGGCCAUAGCAGCCAGGCAUGCUAACCUGUGUCUGGAAAAGAUAAAUGUUUUACACAAACCUCCAUAUGACCAUCCCCGGGAUCUGAAGGAACCCAAGGGAAGGCUGCGGAUUGGUUAUGUUAGUUCUGACUUUGGAAAUCACCCCACCUCUCACCUGAUGCAGAGUAUCCCAGGGUUCCACAACAGAGACAAUGUAGAGAUUUUCUGCUAUUCCCUGAGUCCUGAUGAUGGAACCACCUUCCGUGCCAAAAUCAAUGCGGAGGCUGAACAUUGUAUAGACCUGUCCCAGAUCCCCUGUAAUGGCAAGGCAGCGGACAGAAUCUACGCUGAUGGAAUCAACAUCCUGGUGAACAUGAAUGGGUACACAAAGGGAGCCAGAAAUGAACUGUUUGCUCUCCGACCUGCCCCCAUUCAGGUGAUGUGGUUAGGUUACCCUGGAACCAGUGGUGCUACUUUUAUGGAUUACAUCUUGACUGAUGAGGUGACCUCCCCCCUGAACUUAGCUGAUCAGUACUCAGAAAACCUGGCCUUUAUGGCCCACACCUUCUUUAUAGGAGACCACAUGCAAAUGUUUCCUCAUCUGAAGGAGAAGCUUCUGAUUGAAGUAGACGGAAAAGUGUCGGACAACAACAUUAUUCUGAACGGGGUCAACCUCGAACCUCUUAAACAGAGCGGCCAGCUCAAGUCUAUAACAUACACUGCUGAACAUGGAGAGACCACUGAUAACAAUGAUGGAAGCCCCGCCCAGGUGACCUUUGACUUCAUGUCUCUCCCUGUACAACCAAUUAUACAGACAAUGACCCAGACAGGCCUCUCACACUCAUGUAUCAAUGAUGUCAUCAUCCAAAAUGGCGUCACCACCAACCAGACAAACAACAAAGCUGCUACAGGGGAGGAGGUGCCACAGAACAUCAUUAUCAGUGCUCGGUCCCAGUACGGACUGCCGGAGGACGCUGUCGUUUACUGUAACUUUAAUCAGCUGUAUAAGAUUGAUCCACAGACUUUACACAUGUGGAUAGAAAUCUUAAAGCAGGUGCCUGAUGGUGUGCUGUGGCUACUUAGAUUCCCAGCUGUGGGGGAAACCAAUGUUUUACAGACUGCGGCUAAUGCUGGACUCUCUGCCGGCCGAAUCAUAUUUUCUCCAGUAGCACCUAAGGAGGAGCAUGUAAGACGAGGACAGUUAGCGGAUGUUUGUCUGGACACGCCCCUCUGUAACGGCCACACAACAGGCAUGGAUGUCCUAUGGGCAGGAACUCCCAUGGUCACACUAUUAGGAGAGACUCUGGCUUCCCGAGUUGCUUCCUCGCAGCUGACCACGCUUGGCUGUCCUGAACUUGUAGCGAGGACAAGUGAGGAUUACAUCAGAAUCGCCUCAAAACUUGGCACAGAUAAAGCUUACUUAAAGGCAAUGAGAGCUAAGGUUUGGAAAGCAAGGAUAACAAGCCCCCUGUUUAACUGUAAAACCUACGCCCGGAACAUGGAGGUGUUGUACAGAAAGAUGUGGCAGAAGUACGUUAAUGGAGAAGAUCCCAGUCACAUCGUGGACACCUCCAAACAUAGAAUGACCUCAUGAUCCCCCUCAUCUGUGUGUCUCAUCAAAGUAACGUGACACUGCCCCCCAGAACUAAUGUAAUAGUGCUUUGUGUAACAGAGAGCUAUACCCCCCCGCUACAUUGACUUCAGAUUAUGUAUAGCAUACUGUAAAUUACUCGUGUGAUCAUUGUACGAGGAUACCCACUGUAUCUUUGCAUAGAGACAAUGUAAUGACAAGUAUUUAUUUCCUGUGUGUAUUUAUGGUGCAUGUAUCCAUUGUGUUCGGAGAGUCGGUUAACAUCUCCUGAAGCUGUAUGUUGAUCUGUUCUUGUUAAUCAAUGGUUUUUCUUGGCUUGAUUUUAGUUCUAGAUUUAAAGGAAUGAUUUUCUUUUUUAUCACAAUUUUAGAAAUUAUAUUCCUGUUUUGAUUAUUUAAGAUGUGAUGAGUGAGUGAACAAUUAUGCAUCUGAAAGUGUUAGAAUUGAUGUUUGAGUACUAUAAAAAUUCAUAAACCUAAUGUGCAGAAAUGAAAUGGCUGCCAUGUUGUGCUGAGUGAAUGUUGAAUCUUUUUUAUGGCAAGUAAAUUUAAUAGUCAAAGCUUGUCUUCCAUAGAGAAGUAGUAAGAAGAUGCAGAGAGAGAGAGGUAUUAAUGAAAUGAUGUAUGCAGGAGCCAUUGAAUUUUUUUUGUUUAUGUCUGAUAAAAAUAUUAAACCUGA